UUACCGGGUCACCAGCAGUAGAUUUCAGAGUUCAGCAGUGGAGUCGAGAGUUACACAGGCCUCUAAAGCGCAGCUGGACUUCAGCCUCAUCCACUCUUGAAGUGCUUUCAAUAAAAUAGAGAUACAGGUUCACAAUCUUGCUUGACACAGAUAAGUGAAGGUUUGGUGUCUCCCAUUGUGAUGUGAACCUGAGGGUGAAGUCCAGCUGUGACGAGGCUGUGGAGGCCUGCGUGGAAGGGAAGGCGCCUCAGUCUGGACUCGACAGUCAGCAGCGUUGUUUGCUUUUUCACUCUGUGCAGUCAACACAGAGUGAGUGGCAGAGGAUUCAGCUGCAGAGCACCAUCAUUUGUUCUAUACCGUCAUCUUAUGCUGGCGACUACGCCGAAGGUGAGUGUAUUCAUUUUGUAUUCAUUAAUUUUUAUUUGUUCAUUUUGCAAAUCGAUUUGUGCUUGUUCCUUAUUCAGUUCAAUAAGAAGGCACGCAGUACCUGUAUUAUUGAUUUAACAAUGUUGGUUUGACAGUAAAGGAAAGUAAAGGAUGAGGUGUCUAAGAUGCUGGCUGCUGGCCAUGCUCCCAUUGUUGCUUAGUGUGACUGGAGCUCACACUGAGCAUCUCCAGGCUGAGAACCUCGCUCUCCUUCCCCCUGAGGAGCAUAAAUUGGUCCUCAACCAUGGAAUGAGAGUGCUGCCCAGGGACUGCCAUGAAAUGCUGAUGACCUCUGCAGGCCAGGCCAGAGACGGGGUUUACCUCAUCCAACCUGGUGAUGCCCCAGUUUUAGCCUACUGUGCUAUGCAAGAGGGAGGCUGGACCGUGGUGCAGCACAUCACCGUCAACAGCAGCGUGAACUUUGAUCGCACCUGGGCAGAGUACAAGCAGGGCUUUGGCAUCCUCACCGGGGAUCACUGGCUGGGGAACGAAUACCUGCAUUUGCUCACUCGGGGCCCUGGGCGCUAUACACUGGGAAUAAAACUGGUAGACAAAGAUGCCAUCACCAAAAUGGGCGAGUAUGACCCAUUCCUGGUGGAGGGUGAAGGAACAGCAUACAGGCUGAGACUGGGGCUGUACCAGGGCACGGCUGUUGAUGCACUCACUCAGGACACAGAGAACUACCUGCAUGAUAACCAGAAAUUCACAACUAAAGACCGAGACAAUGACAACUACUUCCAAAACUGCGCCAAGCUGGAGUUCCAGGGGGUGGCAGGAGGGGGUUGGUGGUACGACGCCUGCGCUGGUGCCAACCUCAAUCGGAGGAAUGUCAUUUACUGGCAAAAGGACUGCAACAAGGAGCACCUGUGCAAGUAUGCCUGGAUGAUGGUGAAACCUUCAGAAACAGUAAAACUGAUUCACACUGGACAAUGCAACAAGGAUGAGCUAUGAGGACAGUGUUUUCAGAAGGAUUCAUGAUACCGUACAAAGCAGGGAUAGGUAACAAUGUACAAUACAGUGACCACAAUAUGCAGCACCACCUGAUUUCACUGUUUCAUGCACCUUCAACCAAAGAGGAGGAACUAAUUAGUGAACUGAACUGAUGUAACCUUUGAAUAGAGCAAAGACUUGCAUACUUUUGGCACACCGUUGCUCAUGGUUGCCUAUCCCUUUGUGUAAUGAUAUUAAGUUUACGCCUAAUAGCUGUUAUGCUUGACAUUUACUUCAACACAUUUUAUUCAGAAAUGCAUGGACACAUGGAUCACAAAAUACUAUAAAGAAAACAGGAACUGUUUGAUUCAUCACAAACUUCCAAAAUAUAAAACUGCAGUACGGUAGUGUUUACACUUUUUUUGUUUUUUGUUUUUUGUUUUUGUUUUUUAUUUGUUUUAUGUUUUAAAUUUUUUUCAUAAUACAUCAAUGUACUUACAGCAAAGCAUCUUUUUUUAUUUCCCAAAUUGCAAGUGCAGAUUUCUGGUUUAUCACAGUUACAAAAAAGUGUAUCAUGACAUCAUAGCUUAUCACACAUGUAAAACAUAUUUUGUACUCUCCCACCCAAGGCGUACUGAACUCUGAAUGUAACAUCUCACAACAUCUCGACAAACAGCAUUUUGGCUACAGUACUUUACAAAUUUGCAUGAAAUACACAUGACUAUAUGACGAUAUAGUUAUUCAGCUAAUCCAGCUAAAAUAUUGUAUUUCAAUCUUCAAAGAAAAAAAGAAAAUAUCCUGAGGAUAGAGUAAUAAACAGACUGUAACAAAUAGAGAAUGUAUGCUCUGAAACCCUCCUCUCCUGCUCACUGUGUAUGUAAACACUUGACAUUGGACAUUUAGCAAGUUUGUGAUCGAGUUAAAACAAAAUUACUGGCAAUAGCUUCUUUAGUUUGGAUUUGAAUGAUUUGCCAGAAAAACUCAGGGUGAUUUAUUCAUUCCUGUCAUAUGAUUCACGGAAUCACUACUCCCUCUUCACCUGUGUUUUGAUGGAAAGUUAUGGCAAAAUGUACUGUUAAAAUGUAAUGGUAAAGACUGAAGCUUAAUCUGUGAUUUUUAAUUUGAUAAAUGACAGUGGCACAUGUGGAAAGGCUUUGAUUAUCAUCAGUUACAAUCUUGGCUUAGCAAACAGAUUCUGACAUCAGGACAACACUUAUUAGCCCUUUAAAAUAAAAUAGCAAUACCAAAAUGUGCAUCAUCAAUACAAACACAAUACUAAUAAUAUGAAACAAUCAGUAUGUAUUAUUUUAUGACAUUUUGUGCUGAAGACUAUCAACUUGGGCAGGGAAAUAUUUGUAUGUUUUAAUACUCUUGAAACCAUGUACAGUGUCUUAAGCCAUUGGGGAAAUUUCAUUAUGAUCUCGAUAUACCAAAAUGAGCAUGUUCAAUACAAGCACAAUACGCAGAUUAUGAAAGAAUCUUGUUGUAUGACAUUUUGUGCAUAAAAGAAUCAAUCAGGGGGCAAAAUAGUGGUAUUUUUAAUGAUUUUGAACCAAUAUACAGUGUUGAUUAUUACACUGGGACAAUUU